ACGACGGCUGUGUUGAAGCUCUUUUAUUUGCCAUCAAAUAAAGUACAGUAAGAGCUCUGACGUCACUGGAGUUCAAAGAACGUGAAACUAACUUAAAACAAUUGCAACGAUCAACCAAAACAACAGAAUAUAAAUUGAGCUGUUUUAAGAUCCGUGUGAUCACAUCUUAUACUCACAGGGAAAAGCAAUGGCAGAAUCUUCACCAUCAAAUGAACCAGGAAAAACCAGGAGGACGAGUAUAGAUGACCCUCCAUCAAUGUCAUCCUUCAGUGGUCCACUGUCUGAGAAGCUUCAGUGCUCUGUGUGUCUGAAAGUGUUCACUGAUCCAGUCUCGACUCCAUGUGGACACAACUUCUGCAAGAUCUGUCUGAAUGAACACUGGGACAACAGCCAGAUCUACAGCUGUCCAUACUGUAAAUACACAUUCAAGCAAAGACCUGAUCUCAAGAUUAAUACCACACUCCGAGAGAUUGCUGAUCCCUAUAAAAAGAAACCUCCUGAGAAAACAACUGAAGUUGUGUGUGACUUCUGUGAGGAAAGAAAGCUGAAAGCGCUGAAGUCGUGUCUGGUGUGUCAGAGCUCUUACUGUGAAACUCACCUGGAGCCUCAUUUGAGAGUGACACGUUUGAAGAAACACAAACUGAUGGAUCCUGUGAGUAAUCUGGAGGACUAUAUAUGUCAGAAACACGAGAGACCUCUGGAUCUGUUCUGUAGAGAUGAUCAGACCAUCGUCUGUCUGUCCUGUACUGAUGGAGAUCACAAGAACCACAACACUGUGUCUUUAGAAGAGACCGAGUUGAUGAUCCAAGACACACAGCAGAUGAUCCAGGACAGAAUCAAGAAGAUUCAAGACAUCAAACACUCAGCAGAAGUCAGACAUAGAAGCACACAGAAGGAUAAAACAGCUUGUAUCGAGCUCAUCCGCUCGAUUGAGAGACAUCAGACUGAACAGCUGGAGAUGAUUGAGGAGAAGCAGAAAGCAGCAGAGAAACAGAAGAAAGAGCUGAUUGAAGAGCUGGAGCAGGAGAUCACUGAGCUAAAGAUGAGAAACAUUAAACUGCAGCAGCUUUCACACACUGAAGAUGUCAUACAGAUUUACUCAUCUCUGAGCAGCCUCAGAAACAGCAGGAACUGGCCUGAGAUCAGUGUGAAGACUCAUGAGAAUCUGGAGACUCUGAGGAGAAAUCUGACUCAACUGAAGGACACUAUAGAUGAGAAACUUGAUCAAACAAAGCUGAAGUGGAUGCAGCAGUAUGCAGUGGAUGUGACUCUGGAUCCUGAUACAGCUCAUCCUAAUCUAAUUCUGUCUGAUGAUGGAAAACAAGUGAGAGAUGGAGACAUUAGACAGAAACUCCCAGACAAACCAGAGAGAUUUGAUACAUAUCUAAUUGUCUUGGGAAAGGAGCGAUUCUCCUCAGGGAGAUUUUAUUUUGAGGUGCAGGUGAAGGGAAAGAUUAAAUGGGAUUUAGGAGUGGCCAGAGAAUCCAUUAACAGGAAGGGGCAUAUCUCACUGAGUCCCAGUCAUGGAUACUGGACUGUGGAGCUGAUGAAUGAAAAUAAAUAUUAUGCCUUUGAUGAUCCUCAUGUCCCUCUGUCUCUGAGAGUGAAGCCGCAGCGGGUCGGUGUGUUUGUGGAUUAUGAGGAGGGUCUGGUCUCCUUUUAUGAUGUGAAGUCCAGCUCUCAUAUCUACUCUUUCACUGCUCAGUCUUUCACUGGGAAACUCUAUCCAUAUUUUAGCCCAGGCCUUAGUUAUGGAGGUAAAAACUCAGAGCCACUGAUCAUCACACCUGUCAUGAAGGAACAUGUGAGCUCAGCUCGAGCAGCUUCUUUAACUGGUCCGAUCCGAUAAAUGGUCCGUGCGGCUUUUCUAACA